ACGAUGAUUUUGAUGAUCGGGAAUUUCCGUAACGCGUUCGGCAAUUUUCGCCGCUAUUUUACCCCGAUGACGUAUGUGUGCACCACAGCGCAUGACGAAUAUUCCCAUGUCUAUGCACUGAAGCAUGCAAAUUUCCCUCAAAACUUCAAGGAUUACAGGAUUGUGUUGAUCAUUCACUUGCAUAUAAUUAAUUUAUAAUCUCUUUUGUGUUGAUUACGAGUCGAACUUUUACAUGACAUUGAGGAUUAACUGAUUUAUAAGAUGGUGCAAUGUGCAGCGUUUGGCUGCAAUGCUCGACCUGAAAAGCAAACGGAGAAGAAAGGAUUCUUCGGCUUCCCAAAGGACGAAAGUAUUAGGCGAAAAUGGAUUCUAGCCGUGAAUUCACGAAGGAUUAUCGACGGAAAGGUGGUUGACUUUACGCCAAGCAAAUAUGCAAAACUCUGCAUAAAACAUUUUGAGGAUAAGUGCUUUGUCCACCCCCCGAGUGUGAUGGCGAGUGCGGGCUUUGGGAUGAGACUGUCGCUGCAUCCUGAUGCAGUGCCAACUUUGUUCCCUGACACGGACAACUUCAAGGCAUUACAGCCGAAAGCCCUAAAGCCAGACGAGUUAGGAGCCCCCAAACGGAAACGUGACACCUAUGGUGCUUUUGCCAAGAGAAAUCGCAAAACGGUGGAUGAGGUACUGAAGUUGGCAGAGAGUGAGUUGUCUGCAGAAUCACUAGUCGCGGAGACUCCUGCAAGCCUUGACGAACCUGAUUUGUUGACACCCAGUCAUUGUUCAAAAGCUACUCAGACUACAGAGACGGUAGUGUUUCGACCAACUGAAAAUAAGGGUUUUAACAUAAAACCAGACCGGAAAAACAAAAACGUGCAGGCUAUCGCCAACAUGGUGGACUCGGCUACUGAACCGGCUUUAUUUGAUUCUGAGGCUGAGGUCGAGGGACACUUUGAGGAGGAAGACACGGAGGAUGAUAUCCAUGAUGAUGACUUUGACAGUUCAGAGAAGGAUCCUGAUUGGGAGCCUGAUUAUGACUCUGAGGAGGAAUUGAUGUCAGAUGAUGAGGAGGAAGAAGAGGAGGUUUGGAACAGCAAUCCUGAAUAUCCUGACAGACCUUAUUUUGUAUAUGAGAGUUGUUUGCUCCCGUUACUGCUUAUGUGCAGUGUUUGCGGCGACAAAUGUUCCAUUACUCGUAAGUCGGUGCGUGGGGGACAGCUGAAGAUUUCCACUCUCUGCGGAACCGGUCACAUUAGAAACUGGGAUAGUGCUCCGACAGUCAAUGGAACACCUCUCAUAAACCUUCUUGGUGCUGGAGCAAUAUUUUUUAGUGGCGUUUCAAUAAGACAAUUUUUGAACUGUCUGGACUUUCUCAAAGUGCCUUUUAUUAAAUACAGAACAUUCACACGCAUCCAGUCAUCUUACAUCCUAACAGCAGUUGAUAACAUCUGGAAACGAACCCAGAAAAAAAUGUUCCAGAUGUGCGAAGGCCGUUCUCUGAGGCUAGGAGGUGAUGCUCGCCAUUGUUCCCCAGGCCAUACAUCCAAGUAUGGAUCCUACACACUGAUGGACCUGGAAACUGGACAUGUCCUUGAUGUGCAGCUUGUUCAGAGUAAUGAAGUAAAGAACAGCAAUGCCAUGGAGCUGGAAGGUCUCAAGCGGGCACUCUCAAACCUGUUCAACAACGGGCUAAAUGUAUCAGACCUGGUUACUGACCGCCAUGUCCAAGUCAGGAAGUUCAUGAGAGAGGAGAUGGGCCGGGUUCGCCAUUGGUUUGAUGCCUGGCAUAUGGCUAAAGGGAUCAAAAAGAAGCUGAUGGCACUUGGAAAGAAAAAAACGUGCGAACUAGUUGGACAGUGGGCUCAGUCAAUUGCGAAUCACCUGUAUUAUUGUGCAGCUUCAAGUGCUGGCAAUGGUGACAUGGUGGUCGCGAGAUGGAUGUCCAUUGGAAACCAUGUUUCCGACAUACACGAAGGUCACGGAGACUUGUUUCCGAAGUGCCUCCAUAGUCCCAUACAGAGGAACUGGAUUAAGAAAGGCUCGAAGGCGCACAAGGAAUUACUGUUGGUCAUCGGAAGCAAGCGCCUUCUCUCUGACAUUCGCAUGCUGUCACCAGCUGAACAGACCUCGAUGCUGGAGGCUCAACACAAGGUGGUCUGCCAAUUUGCGCCAAAAUUUGUCUGCUUUUCAUAUGCAGCAAUGAAACAGAGAUUGCAUCUGGCAGCCCUGCAUUCCGUUUCUAAUGCGCACAGGAAACAUGCAGAGACGAAGAACGGCGAAAAGCGCUACAGGAUUUCGUAUCCAAAGUACAAGGCGGGACACCAUGUCGUGAAACCUGUCAAAGAGGCCUGCAAUUAUGAUUAUGUCACAGAGCUCAUGGUUGAAUUGCUGCAAUUAAAACAACAGUUCAAGAGCACCUGGAUUGCUAAGCAGGCAUCUUCUUCCAUUCUGUUCUCUCCACCACCAUUAGCAUCAUCUGCGAAGAAAAUUUUAAAGAAUGAAGCAGUGCAGUUGCACCGCUCUAGGUUUAAUUAAUUACAGUAAUUGGAAACAACUUGGCAUGCCAUUUGUCAUGUAUUGCUCCAGCUGGGUUUAGUGUACGUGCGUAAGGUGUCAUCCCAGAUUAGCCUGUUCCAUAUAUGUUUGUAAUUAAUUAAAAAAAUCCUCGCGCUGGAAAGAUGGGACAAAGCGUGCGCAAAAUAUCUCGUCCCAUAUUAGCCUGUGUCCCUGAUAAGACUGUGCAGACUCGACGUGAAAACAUGAUAUGCCCCAAGUUUUAUAUGACAAUGUCUACGAAUGUGCCCUUUUGACAAAUUAGAACCUAGCUGAAGCACUGAUCACGUAUUGUUUCAAAUUAACAUAGCAACUACAAUUAUUUUUUUGAAAAAUGUGAAUGUAUUAUUUUGACAAAUAUGCUGUAAUAAUACUUUUCCCAUUGUGUGCUAUACUGUUAGUAUAAAAAUGUUAAUGUCAACACCUUUAUUUUUAAAUGUUGGGACCAUGUAGUGUUUUUUGUGUGUUAGUAUUGGUCUGUAAAAGAUGUUUUAAAAGUCAUUUUGUUAAAGGUACUUAAUUUGACUCCAUAACAAGUUGCAUUGCAACAUUGUGCUAGUAAAGCUCAUUUACUUAUUCCGUCCAGUUUUCUAAAACUUGUCGUCAGGUUACAAGUUGUUCUGUUGUU